AUGCUCAAGUCUACGCACAAAGCGGCGCCAUUGGCUCCUCUGCCGCCGGGAUGGACCGAACACCAGGCUCCGACUGGCCACACCUAUUACUACAAUGCCGAAACCAAGGAAUCGACAUACAAGCGACCGGGCGUCCAGCCAGCUCAAGUCGGACCCCAGCCUUCCUUCAAUCCCUACGGCGCCGUACCGAAUCUCUCGGAUCCAAGAGUCGCAAAUGCCUACAUGGCGCAGUUCAACCAGCCGCCGCCCCAGGCGCAAAGGGGCGGCUUUGGCGGCGCUCGAGGCGGAUUCGAAGGACGGCCGCGGCCACAGCCUGUGGACAAGCCCAGGAGAAAAGAGGCAAUUCCCGGGUGCGAGCCGUGGAUUCUGGUGUACACAAAGUAUUCGCGACGCUUCGUGUACAACCCACUGAAGAAUGCGAGCUACUGGCGCAUACCUGAGAAGCUCAUGCCCGCCAUUUUGGAAAUGGACAAGAAGCGGAUACUCAGGUCGACGGCGGGCGAGGACGAGAAGGAAGCAGAUGACGAUCAAACGAAAGAGGAGGAGAGCAAAGAAGCUGAAAAGACAGCUGCGGAUGCCGACUACGAAAGCGAUGCAUACAUGUACGACGAGAUCGAGGUGGAUGACGAAGGCCAGGUCGUAGAUCGAGAAGGGGACGAAAACGAGGACGACGAGCACUCUUCAAAGCGACAACGGAUCGAAAUGGGAGAUGAGCAAGGCCGAGGCCCCACUGAAUUCACAGAAGAAGAUAUCAUUGCCCAGCUACAAGCCAUGGGCGAAGACUACGGUCUCGAGCCUGGAGACUACGACGACGGCAAUAUGGAGGACUGGCCCGAAGGCGCAGAGGGCGUGGAAUUCUCAGAAGAAGACGCAAAGUUUCUAUUCAAAGAUAUGCUCAUCGACCUCAACAUCAACCCCUACAGCUCGUGGGACAAGCUUCUGGAGGAGGGCAAAAUCGUCGAGGAUCCCCGCUACACGGCCUUGGGCACGACAAAGGCGCGAAAGGAGUGCUGGGACGAGUGGACGCGGGAAAAGAUUGCCGAGCUAAAGGAGCAGCGGGCCAAGCAGGAGAAGAAGGACCCCAAGAUUGCGUGGAUGGCGUUUCUACAAGAAAAGGCAUCACCGAAGCUGUAUUGGCCUGAGUUCAAGAGGAAAUACAGAAAAGAGGACCCCAUGAAGGAUAUGAAGCUGUCGGAUAAGGAUCGAGAAAAAUCGUACCGAGAACACAUUAACCGUCUCAAGAUGUCGCAGACGACGCUCAAAUCCGACCUCUCAGCCCUCCUCAAAGCACAGCCGAUACACCUCCUGCAUAACAAGUCGCUUGCCAAUGGCUUGCCGGCGCAGGUCCUCACGGAUAUACGCUACAUUUCUCUCGAGCCUAAAAUCCGGGAUCCUUUGGUCGAAGCCUACGUGCAGACAUUGGCGCCGCCUCCUGAAGAUAUUGCCUCUGCGGUUGAAGAUGAAGAGCAGAGAAAGGCGCGCGAGGCUAAAGAGAAGAGGGAAAAGGCGUUGGAGGAGCGGAACAGGGUGAUUGAGGAGCAGAGGAGGAGGCGGGAGAGGGAUGUGGCUGUGAGCAAGGCGAGGUUGAGAGAGGAAGAGAGGGAGCUGGAGGUUGCGAUGAGGGUUGGGAAAAGGGGGUUGCAGAGCCAGUUGGCGAGCAUGAAGCCUCAGGAGGAGCAGCAAGAAGAAAAGGGGGAGUCAUGA